AUGGCUGUUAAGUUUUGUAUAUGGUUUAUACUGCCAAUAGCAUUGGUCUUUUGCAAUAUUGAGCCAAUUUGGGGUGCACCUCAAGUGCCAUGUUACUUUAGCUUUGGAGACUCAUUAGUUGAUAACGGCAAUAACAACAACCUAUCAACUUUGGCAAAAGUGAAUUAUCCACCUUAUGGGAUCGAUUUUCCCGAUGGUCCCACAGGCAGAUUCACCAAUGGCCGGACCAUUCUUGACAUCCUAGGUCAGCUCGUAGGAUUUGAGAACUAUAUUCCUCCAUUUGCAACAGCAACAAGUCAGGACAUCAUAAAAGGUGUCAAUUACGGUUCAGGGGCAGCUGGAAUUCGCGAUGAGACUAGCAGACAAAUGGGUGAUCGCAUCAGCUUCAACAAACAAUUGCUAAAUCAUCAAAAAGUAGUUUCAAAAAUUGCUUCUUUACUUGGAAGCCAGGCUGCAGCAAACGAGUAUCUUGGGAGAUGUCUGUACACUGUUGUCAUUGGGAGCAAUGAUUACAUCAACAACUACUUAAUGCCACAGAUCUAUCCUACGAGCAAAUUAUAUACACCAGCUCAAUACGCAGAAGUCUUGGUUCAACAAUAUUCUCAACAACUAAUGACUUUGUAUAACAAUGGAGCAAGAAAAAUAGCCCUAUUUGGACUGGGUCCAAUUGGUUGUACACCAGCUGAGAUAAGCACAUACCGGACUACUACAUGUGUGGAUUCAGUUAAUGCUGCAGUUCAACUAUUCAAUGAUAAGCUCAAAUUUCUUGUGGAUGACUUCAACAGACAACUCACAGAUGCAAAGUUCAUCUACAUAAAUAUCACUAGCAUUCAAUCGGGAGAUCCUGCAACCAUUGGGUUGCAAAUUCUCAACCAACCAUGCUGCAAAGUUUCAGAAACUGGUCUAUGCAAACCUGGAGUAAGGCCAUGCACCUUUAGAGCCAUAUACCUAUUCUGGGAUAGUUUCCAUCCUACAGAGACUGUCAAUGUGUUAACGGCAACAAGAGCAUAUAAUGCUCUAUUACCUACUGAUGCCUAUCCAAUGGACAUUCGUCACCUUUAUGUUAAUUUGACGAAAUUGAUCCCUAACAAGAGUGCUGAACCUAUGGGUGUUAGUCCAAGAACAAGUUUCAUCAUUUUCAACCCGCAAACAACUUUAGGUGCACAAGAGAUCCCUUGUUUCUUUAGCUUUGGGGACUCAUUAGUUGAUAAUGGCAAUAACAAUAACCUUGAUACAACUUCCAAGGCCAAUUACCGGCCCUACGGAAUUGAUUUUCCUGAUGGGCCAACAGGCAGAUUCACAAAUGGAAGAACAAUCAUCGAUAUUGUUGCUCAGCUCCUUGGAUUCAAUGAUUUCAUUCCACCAUUUGCAACUGCAAGCGGUCAAGAAAUCAUCAAAGGCAUAAAUUAUGGUUCAGGAGGAGCUGGAAUUCGCGAUGAGACUGGUAAACAUCGGGGUGAUAACCUCAGCUUCAACAAGCAAAUGCUUAACCAUCGAACAACAAUUUCACGCAUUGCUUCCUUGAUUGGAAACGAGACCUCAGCAAGAAAGCACCUAAGCAAAUGUCUGUACAGUGUUAUGAUCGGUAGUAAUGAUUACAUCAACAACUAUUAUUUGCCACAAAAUUAUAACUCAAGUAGCAAAUAUACACCGGAUCAAUAUGCUGCAGCCUUGAUUCAACAAUAUUUGGAUCAACUAAUGACUUUGUAUAAUUAUGGAGCAAGAAAAUUGGUCCUAUUUGGAUUGGGUCCUCUUGGUUGCAUCCCAACUGAGAUAAGUAUGUUUCCCACACCAACAUGCGUUGACUCAAUUAAUGACGCAGUUCAACUAUUUAAUGACAGACUUAAGCAACUUGUUGAAGACCUUAAUACGAGGCUCAGCCAGGCAAAGUUAAUUUACAUCAAUGUCUCUAGCAUUCAAUUUGGUGCUCCGGCAAGUAUUGGAUUGCAAAUUUUCAAUCAACCAUGCUGCCAAGUUUCAUCCACCACGGGUUUAUGCAUUCCUGGACAAAAACCAUGCAUUACUAGAGCUCUUAACUUGUUUUGGGAUGAUUUUCAUCCUUGUGAAACUCUGAACCUGUACACUGCAGCAAGAGCAUACAAGAAGUUGCUACCUUGGGAUGCCUAUCCAACGGACAUCAGCCACCUCGUUCUGGAAUCAUGA